GCACAAUAAACAAGACCUUUUUAGGGCUGUAAAUGCAGCUCAAUUGAAUUAGGAAAUAAUUACAAAAUAUUUAUUUUAAAAGCAUAAAGAGAUAAACUGUCAUUUGAAACCCAGUGCGGAUAUCCAAACAGACUACACUGAAAUCCUGUUUGAGAGAGAAUGAGUCUCCCAGCACACAACAGGAUGAAGAAGGCAUACUUCUAUGUACUCACCCCCCUGCCAAUCCACAAAAUAUUGAGGCUUGGCGCUGACAGACACGCUGUCACACAUAGGAGUGCAGAACCUCUCUCCAUUUUUUGGCACUCCCCCUCCUCCUCCCAGCAUCUUUAAUAAGACACAUGCUCCUGGGCUGGGCUGUUCACUCACACCAGCUUUUCCUGGCUUCUGCUGGUACGCACUACACACUCAUUACAGUCCUGCAUGGCUUCAUGGGUGGAAGAGCUGUGCCCUUUCUGCUCACACGUUCAUCAUCUCACCAUCUAUCUCCACACCUGAGCCCAGCACUGCACCCCCAAUUCCCUCUCAUCCUUACCCUCUGCGUUAUGGCUUGUGCCCUGGGUAUUUUUGGUUUUCCAGCUGUGUUACUCUCUGCCCAAGGAAGGGGCGUCCACAGUGGGCAGUAAACAGGUCCACCUGCCUCAUUGUGGUAAAAGGGGGCACUUCGUCACAUCCGUCUGCCUGCAGGGGGAGUGCCAGCACCGCUGGGCAACAAGGACUAUGCAGCUGGGACUGCUGGCACUGGUGCUGGCCUUCCUCAGCUCUAUGGGUUACAGCGACAGCCUUAGGAUCCCCAGAGGAAGGAGGCAGAGACACACAAGUACUGAAGUACCAGCAUCAUGCUCCAGCGGCUGUGAAAGCUGCUCUGAAUACAACGGAUGCACAAAAUGCCAACCACGACUUUUCAUCCUCUUGGAAAGAAAUGACAUCCGUCAGACGGGUGUGUGCCUUGUCACUUGUCCUGUUGGAUAUUAUGGCAUUCGAAAUCAGGAUGUGAACAGGUGCACACAAUGCAAAAUAGAAAACUGCUCUGAGUGUUUCAGUCGAACAUUUUGCUUAAAAUGUAAGGAGGGCUUAUAUUCAUACAGUGGCCGGUGUUACCACAGCUGCCCCGAAGGCUUCAUCACUAUCAACAGCACCAUGGAGUGCGUAGUGCGAUGUGAGAUGGGUGAAUGGAGUCCAUGGGGCCCUUGCAUGAAGAAAAACAAAACAUGUGGUUUCAGAAAGGGCAGCCAAAGCCGUAGAAGGGAGCCUACACAACCCCCUAGUCCAGCCACCAUCAGUGGGUCUGCAUCUCUUUCUACCUGCAUUUCUGAGACUGAGACGCAGAAAUGCAGCGUGCCGAAAAGGAUCCCCUGUGGAAAAAGAGACAAAGGGACAGCACCUAAGAACCAAGGAACAUUAAAUGGCAAAAACCGUGGUCGGGACUCAAAGGAAAGUAAUAAAGGGGGAGGUAAGAGGAGAAAGACCCAAAGUCCAGCUACUACUGCUCCAUCAAUGAUAACAAGCACCAUCAUUUGACUUGACAGUGGCAUAUGGUGGACUAAAAAAUGGAAAGAAGAUAGUCCACCCUGAAAGGCUGCUGAGUGUUACUUAAUUGUGACAUUAUCAGACUGAUGUUGAAAAGGAAUAAUAAUGCUGCUGCACAUUCAUGAAAAUGCUCAAAGGGAACUGGAGGAUUACUGCAAUAAGUAAUAAAAUGUGUACUGUUUUAUGUUAGACAUAGGGAAAAGAUGUUUGUUCAUGCAAUUGGAAGCACUUUGAAAGACUGACCUUAUGAAGGAUCAUUAUUUUGUCUAUAGUGUUUUGUGAGUGAAAUGCUUUGUAUGUCCUGUUGUCAUAUUUGGCUAAAGACUUCUUUACCCAAAUUAUGAAAGACACAUCAAAUGAACGCUUCAUUCAAUAAGCUGACUUAUCCACAUUUACAAUACAUUACCCUAUUGCUCUUUUCCAACUCUUACAUUGAUUCACUUUCUAGUGUUGCCUCUGCUUUAUUUUGUGAAAGGUACCAAUCAAAAGCAGGAACUGAUACACUUCUUCUCUUUAUAUUUCUGUUGUAUCAUGAAACCGAAACAAAU